ACGGUAAUUCCCUGCUCUCGCGGGAGCGCGACCCGGAAGUCUCGCGGCUUGUUGGUGGUCUGCGUACCCACGUGGGCCAAACUCGGGGGCGCGCAGUGGUCCUGCCCCCGCGAGAAGCUCGGGACUGAGGCGCCAUGGGGAAGCUGCGCCGGCGGUACAACAUCAAGGGGCGCCUGCAGGCGGGCCCCGACCCCGCGAAGCGGGCCCCCGAGCCGCCCCCCGUGCGGCUGGAGCUAGAGGGUGAAGACGUGCUGAAAGGGGUGGAUGCCAGCAACGCACUCGUUCUACCCGGAAAGAAGAAAAAGAAGAGCAAGGCGCCGCCCCCGUCCAGAAAGGAGAAGAAGCCUCUGACCAAGAAGGAGAGGAAGGCGCUGCAGAAGAUCCUGGAACAGAAGGAGAAAAAGAGCCAGCGAGCGGAGCUGCUGCAGAAGCUCGGUGAGGUCCAGGUGUCGGAGGCUGAGACACGGCUACUCUACACUACGUCCAAGCUGGGCACCGGGGACCGCAUGUACCACGCCCGAGAGAGGCCCGACGAGCUGGCGGCCCCGGGCCAGGAGAGGGUCAGCAGUCUGAGCGGGGCCCACCGCAAGCGCCGCCGCCAGCCGUCUGCAGAGGAGGAGCCUGAUUCACAGUCAGAGUCCUCUGAGGAUUCUGAGCCUGAUGGGGCCACCGAGGACCAGGAGGGGGCCGGUGCCACGGCAUCCACAGUGCAGCCUCUGCCAGGUCCCCCUGGCAGGUCCCCCUUUUCGGAUGGGAGUCCGGCGGGCAGCGGACAGCCCUCUGCAGCCUCCACCCCGGGUCCUGAGACAGCUGCAGCCUCCGGCCCACCCAGGCACCCCGCCAGGCCUGCAGUGUUCAUCCCCGUGAACCGAACCCCUGAGAUGCAGGCCGAGCGGCUCCAGCUCCCGAUCCUGUCGGAGGAGCAGGUGAUCAUGGAGGCGGUGGCUGAGCACCCCAUCGUCAUCGUGUGCGGCGAGACGGGCAGUGGGAAGACCACGCAGGUGCCCCAGUUCCUCUACGAGGCCGGCUACGGCAGCGACAGCGUCAUCGGCGUCACAGAGCCUCGCCGCGUGGCUGCCAUGGCCAUGUCCCAGCGAGUGGCCAAGGAGAUGAGCCUGCCGCAGCGGGUCGUCUCCUACCAGAUCCGCUACGAGGGAAACGUGACCAACGAGACCAGGAUCAAGUUCAUGACGGACGGCGUGCUGCUCAAGGAGAUCCAGAAGGACUUCCUGCUGCUCAAGUACAAGGUGGUCAUCAUCGACGAGGCUCACGAGCGGAGCGUGUACACCGACAUCCUCAUCGGCCUGCUGUCUCGCGUCGUGGCCCUGCGCGCCAAGAGGCGCCGGCCGCUGAAGCUGCUCAUCAUGUCGGCCACGCUGCGGGUGGAGGACUUCACGCAGAACCAGCGCCUCUUCGCCAGGCCGCCGCCCGUCAUCAAGGUGGAGUCGCGGCAGUUCCCGGUCACCGUGCACUUCAAUAAGCGCACGCCGGAGGACUACAGCGGCGAGUGCUUCCGGAAGGUGUGCAAGAUCCACCGCAUGCUGCCCGCAGGCGGCAUCCUGGUGUUCCUGACGGGCCAGGCGGAGGUGCAUGCGCUGUGCCGCAGGCUCAGGAGGGCCUUCCCGGCCUCCAGGUCACAGCCACCAGGAAAGGAGGAGGACAAGGACUCCUCGGAGGAGAUGCGCAAGUUCAAGAAGUCACGCUCCAGGGCAAAGAAGGCCCGAGCCAAGGCGCUGCCCCACAUCAACCUGGACAGCUACUCGGUGCUGCCGGCCGGCGAAGCAGACGAGGACAGGGAGGCAGAGGCGGACGGCGACGAGGAGGCCGCCCUGGGCUCGGACUUGGACCUCGACCUGGGCGACGGCGACAGCGACGGCGGGGCAGGCGGAGGUGCGUCGCUGCUGGACGCCUCCCUGCCGCUGCACGUGCUGCCGCUGUACUCGCUGCUGGCCCCCGAGAAGCAGGCGCAGGUCUUCAGGCCUCCCCCGGAGGGGACGCGGCUGUGUGUUGUGGCCACCAAUGUGGCCGAGACGUCCCUCACCAUCCCCGGCAUCAAGUACGUGGUGGACAGCGGGAAGGUCAAGAAGCGCCACUACGACCGCGUCACCGGCGUGUCCUCCUUCCGCGUCACCUGGGUCUCCCAGGCGUCCGCUGACCAGCGGGCGGGCCGCGCGGGCCGGACGGAGCCCGGCCACUGCUACAGGCUGUACUCCUCUGCUGUCUUCGGGGACUUCGAGCAGUUUCCCGCCCCUGAGAUCACGCGGAAGCCGGUGGAGGACUUGAUCCUGCAGAUGAAGGCUCUCAACAUCGAGAAGGUUGUCAACUUCCCCUUCCCCACGCCACCCUCUGUGGAGGCCCUGGUGGCGGCGGAGGAGCUGCUGAUUGCGCUGGGGGCCCUGCAGGCGCCCCCCAAAACAGAAAGGCUGAAGCAGCUGCAGAGGUCGCGGCUGAGCUGCCCCAUCACGGCGCUGGGCAGGACCAUGGCCGCCUUCCCCGUGGCGCCCCGCUGUGCCAAGAUGCUGGCGCUCGGCCGCCAGCACGGCUGCCUGCCCUACGCCAUCGCCGUCGUGGCUGCCAUGACAGUGCGGGAGCUCUUCGAGGAGCUGGACAGACCUGCCGCCAGUGAGGAGGAGCUCACGGCACUGAGGGGCCGGCGUGCCCGGGUGGCACAGAUGAAGAGGACCUGGGCGGGGCGGGGAGCCUCUCUGAAGCUGGGCGACGUCAUGGUGCUGCUGGGAGCCGUGGGGGCCUGCGAGUACGCCGGCUGCUCGCGGGAGUUCUGCGAGGCCAACGGGCUGCGCUUCAAGGCCAUGCUGGAGGUGCGGCGCCUGCGCGGCCAGCUCACCACCACAGUCAACGCCGUGUGCCCCGAGGCCGGGCUCUUUGUGGACCCCAAGAUGGACCCGCCCACCGAGAGCCAGGUGACCUACCUGCGGCAGAUUGUCACGGCCGGCCUGGGCGACCACCUGGCCCGCAGGGUGCAGAGCGAGGAGCUCCUGGACGACAAGUGGAGAAACGCCUACAAGACCCCGCUGCUGGACGACCCUGUCUUCAUCCACCCCAGCUCCGUGCUCUUCCGAGAGCUCCCCGAGUUCGUGGUCUACCAGGAGAUUGUGGAGACCACCAAGAUGUACAUGAAAGGCGUCUCCGCCGUGGACGAGCAGUGGAUCCCGGCUCUGCUGCCUGCCUACUGCCAGUUCGACCCGCCCCUGGAGGACCCCGCCCCCACCUACUGCCCCGAGCGCGGCCGCGUGCUGUGCCACCGUGCCAGCGUGUUCUACCGUGUCGGCUGGCGGCUCCCCGCCGUCCAGGUGGAUUUUCCUGAGGGCCUCGACCGCUACAAGCACUUCGCCCGCUUCCUGCUGGAAGGGCAGGUCUUCCGCAGACUGGCCGCCUUCCGGGGCUGCCUGCUGUCCAGCCCCAGCACGAUGCUGAAGACGUGGGCCAGGCUGCAGCCCAGGACGGAGACGCUGCUGAAGGCCCUGGUGGCCGAGAAGGCUGACUGCCGCGAUGCCCUGCUGGCUGUGUGGAAGCGAAACCCCAAGUACCUGCUGGCUGAGUACCUGGAGUGGCUCCCACAAGCCACACACCCCGACGUCGAGAAGGCCUGGCCCCCCGCCUUGCAGCAUUGACCAGGCCCCUGGCUGCGGGCUGGGGCUGGCACGGGGAGCUCAGGACGCCCCAUGAAAGCUGCUCCGCCCGGGCUGCUCUGCAUGCGGUGCCUGCCUGUUUAUUACACGGGGACCGUGACCUCGCUUGGCUGUGGUUCCGGUCUGGAGUGUGGUGUGGGCUGCAUCAGCCCGUGUGGACCUCAGGGCUGUGCUCCAGCGGGGCCUCCUGCAGAAGCUCAGCAAAGACCGCGGACUUCUGUGCGCUGCAAAGUGGGUGGUGCCCUGUCCGGGGCUGCUGUGGAGGCGGGGCAGAGGACGGUCCCCAGGGAGAGGAUGCACACAGGGCCCAGGCAGGGCGGUGUCAGGCCGUCUUGUCCUGUGUCCAGGGCCCCAAGAGGCCAGCCGUGCAGUCAGGACGCCACAUAGAAGACUUCUGCCCGGACUCUGCCUGCACCCUGGGACGGGGCGCCGGCCCCUCUGCUCGCCCGGCCCCCAGCUGCACACACCCCCAUCACACUGAUUCGCCUCUUGGGAGCCCCUCAAGGGCCCAGGUUGGGCUGCCCUGCCCCGUGGCCCAAGCGGCAGAACCUCAGCUCCUCAGCUGAGCAGAGCUGGACCCCAGGGCCGUUCUCCAGGGCAUCGCAGUGCUGGCCCCAGCUGUGUUCAGUGGCCGUGGGAGCCGGGCGCUCAGCCGCAGCUCUCUCCCCGCUCCACUGUUCCAAGCAGACGGUUCUAAGCCCGCCGAGGUGCCAACACGCAAUAAACGUCAUCCUGAGAUUAUCGCCA